GUACACUUGGGCGCCAAGACACUAACAGUAUGAUGUACGCUGAGGUGGAGGUCAUCGAGCCACAACAAACUUCAUCGUUCUUAGAGUCAACUUAAAAUACAUUCAUGCUUGUCGCAGGUUGUUCUUAUCGCGAAGCUACGUCGAACUAUCUAUUGCGCUCCUCCCGGCACAGAGCUUGAUGCAGUCUAGCGCCGCGCACCCCGCUUCCAAUCAGGGCAGGUACCUAGCCAGGAAGCACAACGGCUGAUAGUAAUUCAUAUCGCCUCCAGCAGAAUGAUUCGUUCGCACGUUAAUGACCAUGCGACAUAGUCCUUGAAUAGUAUGAUGCUCCGGAUGUAGACUUGCGAUGAUCUGUCCUCGCGACAGCGACCUGAUGGCUCCAACUUCCUUAGAUUUAUCGCAUGAUCUAAGCUAGUUAGGCGGGGAGAAAUGAUGGCAAACAUGUGGACUGCACGUACAGCCCUUCUGACGGGUCUUGUCAUCUCACUUCUUGGAGCCUUCUACGUCUAUCAGUCCCCCACGCCGCUCAACUUUAGCAUGCCUCAUUCAAUGUCCAGUCGCACCAGCAUGCCCGAUUUAGAGUUCACAAUAACCCAAACCUCACGCUCCCCACCAGCCCUGCUCAUCACGCUCAAAAACACGAACCCAGAAGUCACCUACACCAUCUUGAAAUGGAAUACACCGCUGGACUCUUCCGCACUCAACACUGGUAUUUUCACCGUCAUCGAUGCGGAGAGUGGAGAAGAGGUCAAUCAAACCGUCUUGCAAAUCAAUCGCAAAAUGCCUCCUCCGCAUGGGUCACUCGUCACGCUUGCACCAGGCACUGAAGAAGAGGUUGAGGUAGUCUUUGAUAAGCCGUGGAUGCCUAAGCGCAAGCCAGCCACAUACAAGGUUCAGGCCAAGGGCGUGUGGAAUGGUGUUUGGGGAAAGUACGGAGAUGAAGUGACCAAGGAAGAUUUGUAUGCUUAUCUUGAGAGUCCUUUCAGUGGAUGGCGGUUUGCAACGAAUGAGAUUCUUAUGGAAUUGCAUUAAAGAGGGAAUCAAGAAGACGAGAGUAAGGUGUUCUAGCAGCCUGCUACUAUCUAGACUGGCCAGCAGAGUUUAUAAU